AUGGCACUUCUCGAUGGAAAAUUUUUCUCAACUUAUGGUUCAAAGAGACAGAUCACUUUACUGCUCCUUCUUCUGUUCUGUACCGUCCUAAUUAGCCGGUACUGCAAUCCUUUCACCUCAUGGCAGAAUAAGAUGAUAAACUUCCACCGUAGUGCAUUGCCGUCAAGUGAUCAGAAUGUUAGUGAUUCAGCCGGUCCAAUGUCAGGAGCACAAUGCGAUUUGUUUGCUGGAGAGUGGAUUCCUUCUCCUGAAGGGCCUUACUUUACAAAUGCCAGCAAGUGCGAGAUUGACGAUCGACAAAAUUGCAUGAAGUUUGGACGUCCAGAUACUGAGUUUUUGAAAUGGAGGUGGAAGCCUCAUGGCUGCGAGCUACCCCGGUUUAAUGUAUCUCAGUUCUUGGAGAUUGUUAGAGGAAAGUCCAUGGCUUUUAUUGGUGACUCAUUAGCCAGAAAUCAGAUGCAGUCAUUAGCCUGCAUCUUAGCCAGUGAAGCUGAUCCGAUUGAUGUAUCUUAUACGCCAGAUGGAAGAUUCAAACGUUGUUUCUACGCGGAACACAAUUUCACACUUGCAGUCUUCUGGUCUACUCAUUUAGUCAGAUCAGAAGAAGUUGAUCCCUUAACUAGUCUUAUGAAACUCCACUUGGAUGAAGUUGAUCAAAACUGGGCUGCUGAAAUCGAAAACUUCAGCUAUGUGAUUUUUUCAGCAGGACAGUGGUUCCUCAGGCCUCUUCUGUACUACCAAAAGGGAAAACUCAUUGGGUGUUAUUUUUGCAAUCGAGAAAACAUUGCAAACCUUACUCAGUACUAUGGAUACAAGAUGGCCUUCAGAACAUCAUUUAGGACACUAACGCGGUUGAAAAACUUCAAGGGGAUGACCAUUUUAAGGACAAUUUCACCUCAGCAUUAUGAGAAUGGAGAGUGGAACAAAGGCGGGAAUUGCUUGCGCAAAAGGCCGUUAGGGAAGCAAGCAAUGAAGUUGGAAGAUUACAUGUUGGAGUUCUAUUGGACUCAGCUGGAGGAGCUUAGAGCAAUGCAGAAUGAAAGAAUCAAGAGAAGGGGUUUGAAGUUCAGGGUCUUAAAUGCUACUCAGCUGAUGCUUCUGAGAGCGGAUGGUCACCCAAACCACUAUGGACAUCCGCCCGGUGAGAACAUAACAAUUGCUGAUUGUGUGCAUUGGUGCCUACCCGGUCCAAUUGAUACGUGGAACGAGGUGUUGCUUCAAAUGCUGAUUGUAGAAACCUAG